CUGGGCGGGCACGUCCUCCUCGGCGUCUCCGCUCCGCCCUCCUUGCCGCCCGCCGUGCAACAGUUUCUCCAAAGUUGCGCCCGGUCGCUGCAGCGGCUGGGCGAGGAGGCGACUGCGGCUGGGGCGGGAGAUGCCCGGCGGAGGGAGGCGGCUGCCAGGCGCCGCCCGCCGCGGAGAGCAGGAGCCGGGCGCCGCGGCGCGCCUUCGCCCCGCCGGCCGGAGAGCCGGAUGCCUGGGUGCUGCUGCUGCUGCUGCUGCUGCUGCUGCUGAGGGAGGCCUGGCUGGGGCGGCAUGGGCGCCAAGCAGACCAAGGGGUGCGCCGCGGCGCCCUCGGGGGCCAGCCCGCCGCCGGGCCCCGUCGCCCGCCGCAAGGGGGUGGCGGCCUCGUCCCGGGAGCGCGGGGGGGACCUGCUGGCGUCCCUGGUGGCCCGCUCGGGCGAGAAGUUCGGCAAGGGGGGCGGCCUCCCGCCCUACCACCGCCGCAUCGGCAUGAUCCAGGACAUGCUGCGCUUGGUCAAGCAGGGCAGGCAGGAGGAGGCCACCGACCUGCUCAGGCACCUGCGCCAGGAUUUGGGAAUGGAGUCCACUUCUCUGGACGAUGUCCUGUACCGCUAUGCCAGCUUCCGGAACCUGGUAGAUCCCAUCACACAUGACCUAAUCAUCAGCCUUGCCAGAUACAUACAUUGCCCCAAACCAGAGGGGGAUUCACUGGGGGCCAUGGAGAAGCUCUGCAGGCAGCUGACCUAUCACCUGAGCCCUCACUCCCAAUGGCGGCGCCAAGGCAUUGUGAAGAGGAAACCGCAGGCUUGUUUGAAAGCCAUCCUGGUGGGAAAUCCCCGAGACAACACAGUGGACCUGUCCGGCAUCCCUCUGACGCUAAAAGAACUGGACCGGAUCAUCCCCUACUUGCUGAACACCGCGGAGCACAUCGAGAACGUGGAGCUCUGCUUCACCGAGCUGACGGACGAGAUGUUCCUCCAACUCUUGCCGGUGCUCAGCGGCCUGCCGCACCUCAUGACUCUCUCCCUCAAUGGCAACAGACUCACAAAGACCAUCCUCCGGGACCUGACGGAAGCUGUGAAGGACCCCAAGAACUUUCCCAGCAUGACUUGGAUUGACCUGGGAAAUAACGUGGACAUUUUCUCCUUGCCGCAGCCUUUCCUGGUCAGCCUUAAAAAACGAUGCCCCAAGCAAGGCAACCUGCCAACUAUCCUUGAAUUUGGUGAGGGUCAGGUGAGUGACCUGGAAAGCCAAGAGACCCCGGUGGAGAGCCAAGAUUACCCGUGCUCAGAGGACGAGGACAGAAGCGAUUGUGUGGACGACGCAAGGCCCAGGCAGGUACGGACAUGUGAGGUGAUUAAGGUUCGGCUGCUGCCGUGUGAAGCUCCGGAGGAGGCUGUCCCUGUAAUGGUUCAGACAUGAAGUGCCACCACCUCACGCUGGACCAAGAUGCUCUAAAAUAGAUACCUCAACAGCAGAACGUUUUUAACCAGACUUGUCUGAUGCUCGUGAGGCUACAGUUAUAAUAAAGAACGCCAACCUCAGUUUAGUUAGGGGACUAAUAGCGAGGACCAAACUGCAUACCAAACCCUGCUCGCACUCUUCAAGUUGCGAGUGGGGUAGGCUACGCUUUUGAUUGGUCAACACCCAAAUUCUCGUCACUGAGGCAAACGCAGUCAACGUCUAGGAGACCGUUGCCUCGCGGGGUCCCAGAAAAUGAGAGAUAGAAAAUGUGAAGAGACACUUUUUAAGUCCCCCCCGUGGUUUCCCCAGAAGAACGAAUUAGUUGGGAUGUUAAAAGGUUAACCUUUGGCAGGAGCGCACCUCUUCUGUUCAAAGGGUAGCUUUCCCACGACUCAGUAGCUUGUGGGUGGCAGUUCCAGAUGCCCGCUGCAGUGCUUCUCCGUUCACCGGUGAUGGUCUUUCGUGCCAUCUUGUGAUCAACCCUGUCCAGCUGCUGCUUUCCAUUCCGUGGAUCUUCCGCCACUGUGACAAGAGAGGAGAGGCCGCAGAGAGGAGUGUCUGUCCCAAACUCAUCUCUGGCAUCUCGAUUCUCACUAGCCUUAGAGGUACCCCCUUCCUUUUUAGUGCGGGGAGGGAACUGCUGCCUUCCGGGUCUUGUGGUAUUUCGAUUCCCUGUGGAACAAACGUAGGAGUCUCUUGGAGGUCGUCUGCCUGUGUCGGUUCUCCGUGUGCGUUCAGUGUUGUAGUUUUUUUUUGUAACCAAAAGUGCUUUCCUCUCUGCUCCCCGAAUCUUUGAAAAGAGCUGCUUUUUCUAAAGGAAGCAAGACCACUGUUGUUUUUUUUCAAAUCGGGGCAGGCGUCUGUCCCACCAAGUGCCAGACGUAAAUGGGAGCCUCGUGGCAAGAUCCUCCUUUCAAGAGCAAAAGGACCCAAAGUGGUUUCCUGGCUCCUUCCGUUUCCAAAGCCAACAUCCUUUUGCAACGUGUUGGAGGCUGCCUGCCUUGUACGAUCUCCCCUCCCUUCCGAGGCACAAAUGCAACCCACGUCUUCAAUCUGCUCGUGUUGCCGUCUGCGGUGUCUGCACAUCUUUUUUUCCAAGGGCCGCCCUGCCUUGAGUAGGAAUUGGCUACUCCAACUUCUGUCUUGAUUUGCAUGUAGCUGAACCUGUUUUUUUUAAUAAGCUUUAUCAAAAAGGUAUAACAGUAAAACCUCUUGUUUGAAAUAAAAA